UGCCAGUUCACGUCUGGGAACGACCUUCUUCCCUCUUCUCUUCAUCAACUUCUCAUUCCUUUCUUUCUCAGGGUCUUCGAACCAUCCAUUCUCUUACUUUCCUUUCCAGGCUUCAUUGAUUGAAGUCCAUCUUUUCGUCACUCUUUCUUCCCCACCGGUCCCUCUAACCCACAAUCGCGCUGUGCGUCGAUAAACUCAAAGCCUGCAAAAAUGUCUGUCGCUAAGCUUGCUGGUGUUGUCCUCGGUUCGGCCGCCCUCGUUGCCGGCCAUGGUUACGUGUCGGGUGCCGUGAUUGACGGCGAGUACUACGGUGGAUACAUCGUCACCUCGUACCCUUAUGAGAGUGACCCCCCGGAGACCAUUGCCUGGUCGACCACUGCAACUGACCUUGGCUAUGUUGAUGGCACUGAGUACGCUGAGGCUGAUAUCAUCUGCCACAAGAGCGCUAAGCCCGGUGCUAUCUCCGCUGAAGUCAAGGCUGGUGGCACUGUUGAGCUGCAGUGGACCACCUGGCCCUCCAGCCACCACGGUCCCGUCCUGACCUACCUCGCCAACUGCAACGGUGACUGCUCCGAUGUCACCAAGACCGACCUUGAGUUCUUUAAGAUCGACGAGAGCGGUCUCAUCAGCGACACCGAAGUCCCGGGCACUUGGGCCACUGACAACUUGAUCUCCAACAACAACAGCUGGACUGUGACCAUCCCCUCCACCGUCGAGGCUGGCAACUAUGUCCUGCGUCACGAGAUCAUUGCCCUGCAUUCUGCUGAGAACAAGGAUGGCGCCCAGAACUACCCUCAAUGUCUCAACCUGAAGGUCACUGGCAGCGGCAGCUCCACCUAUUCGGGCACCGCCGGUGAGAGCCUCUACAAGGACACUGACGCGGGUAUCCUGGUCAACAUCUACGAGAGCCUGAGCUCCUACGAUAUUCCUGGCCCUGCUAUGUACAACAGCACCUCCUCUAGCAGCUCUUCCGGCUCCUCCAGCGCCUCUUCCGCCAGCACCACUGCUGCCGCCGCUGCCACCACCUCCAGCGUUGCCACUUCCACCUCCAGCAGCUCUACCACCUCCGUCGCUAGCGCUACUACUGACGCUGCCUCCGUUAUCACUGAUGUUGCUACCACCGUCCAGACUGCUGUCGCCACUGCUUACCAGACUUCGACUGACGUUGUGCAGGUCACUGUCACUGGCAGCUCCCCCCAACAGACCCACAUCCAGGUCUCCUCUAGCGCCGCUGCCGCCACCCCCAGUAGCUCCAGCGUCUCUGUCUCCAGCGACAGCAACCUUACGAGCUACUUCAGCUCUCUGAGCGCGGAUCAGUUCCUUAGCGUCCUCAAGGAGACUUUCUCUUGGCUGCUCACCGAGAAGGUGCACGCCCGUGACAUCUCCGCUUAAGCGCCCGGCCAGAUGUGGAAAUCGGACCAAAUAGACCUACUUUCUUUUUUUGUAUCCAACGGUUACAUCAUUCCUCCGACCGUUUGAUGCCCUUCUUGUUUUGGAUCGGGUAUCCUUUUAUGUACCUAUAAAAUAGCAUUUUUGGAGCUGUAUUAUUUCUGUGCUUGCCCAGAGGAUCCAAUUUGUAUCUUGCUUUCGUAGAGAAUUACCUGCGACGUCAUACUUGUUGGUGAUGGCCAGACUUAUGAGAUAACAG